CACAUUCUCAGGAUGAGGAAGAUCUUGAGAAGGUCAGGAGAAAGAGGAAGUUGGAUUUUCUGGACAUCCUCCUCUUUGCCAGAAUGAAAGAAUGAAAGUAGCUUGACUGACAAGGACCUCCGUGCUGAAGUUGAUACAUUCAUGUUCGGGGGCCAUGAUACCACAGCCAGUGGCAUCUCCUGGACCCUCUAUGCUCUGGCUACCCACCCUGAGCAUCAGCAGAGGUGCCGCAAGGAGAUCCAGAGCCUCCUGGGGGAUGGUGCCUCCAUCACCUGGGAUCACCUGGAUCAGAUGCCCUACACCACCAUGUGCAUCAAGGAGGCACUGCGACUCUAUCCACCUGUACCAGCUGUUGGCAGAGAGCUCAGCAAGCCCAUCACCUUCCCUGAUGGACGCUCCUUACCCAGAGGAAUCCAUGUCUUACUUAACUUUUAUGCACUUCACCAUAAUCCGAAGGUGUGGCCUAACCCAGAGGUGUUUGACCCUUCCCGUUUUGCACCGGGUUCUGAUUCACACAGCCAUGCUUUCCUGCCCUUCUCGGGAGGAUCAAGGAACUGCAUUGGGAAGCAUUUCGCCAUGAAGGAGCUGAAGGUGGCUGUGGCCUUGACCCUGCUUCGCUUUGAGCUGGCGGCAGAUCCUCUCCGAGUCCCUAUCCCCAUAUCAAAAAUUGUGUUGGAUUCCAAGAAUGGGAUCCACCUGAAGCUCAGAAAGCUCCUCUAGUCCUUGUUGGGACAAGGGCAAGCUCUGAGGAACCCCUUCCUGCCCUUCCCUGUCUAUCUCCCCAAUUCCUGCUUUCCAACUGCCCACCUGCCCUUCCACCUGAUGUCCUCCUUCCCAUCCUCUGCCUGUCUGCCCCUUUCUCUGUACUUUUCACUUUCUGCCUGCUUGUGCUUCUCUGGAUUCAUCUCCUUUGGCUGCUAUAAUAAUUUACCAGAGCCUCAGUGACUUAGAACACCACAAAUUUCUUCUCUUAGGGUUCUGGAGUCAGAAGUCUGACAUGGGUUUCACUGGACCACAACCCAGGUGUGGGCAAGGCCACCCAACUUCCAGGGCUCUAGGAGAGAUUCCCUGUCUUUGUCUUUCCAGAAUCUAGAACUGCAUUUUUAUAUCUUUGGCUCCUGGAGUCAUCCUGCAUAUUCAAAUCCAGCAGCAUUUUCAAAUAUCUUUCUGCUUCUAUCUUCACAUUGCCUUCUCUUUUAUGAGGACAUCUAUGAUUAUAUGGGCCACACAGAUAAAACAGGACAUAGUCACACCUGGCAGGAAAUAGGCUGUGGACAUCUUGGGAGCCAUUCUUGAGCUUAAUUGGUCCCCAUGUGACUACCAUCAGUCUGCGUUCUGGUGGCCUUCUGUGUGUCUCCUACCCAUUUGUCAUCUCCACACCCUCUCCUUUUUCCUUCCUCCUUGGAAUAAAGUUUACAACAUCA